AUGGGCACACCACCCAACUAUCUUAAGGACAACAAAGUUAAUGUUUUACAAAGACCAUCACGAAGUACUGAUCUCAGUCCCACUACAAAUCUGGGGGCAAAGAUCUGUAUAGGCAAUCCAGCCAUCAAACCUACAGCUGACAUCAAGUAUUUGGAGAAGCGUGUGAAAGGAAAUCCAAAAUUUUCCAGAUACUCGUCCUCACCUACAACUGCAGCCAAAGACUGCACUCUCCGAAACAGCUUUCAGCCAGGCUUUGUUGCAGGAGGUGACUUUGUAGUUGGAGGGAUUUUUCCUCUUCAUUAUAACCAGGAAAUGCCUGAUCGCAACAGCACCUACAGACCACCACCAGUGAAGUGCAAUGGGUUUGAUCCCAGGGCUUUCCGCUGGGUUCAGACUAUGAGACUAGCAGUGGAGGAGAUAAACCAGAGUUCAGAACUACUGACCAAUCACACUCUGGGAUACAAAAUCUUUGAUUCAUGUGCAUAUCCGCUGACUGGUCAGAGGGCUGCUCUGGCUGUCCUGAAUGGGUUGAGUGAGGACGACUCUCCCAUGUGCAUAGGGGCCUCUCCAUUGCUGGCUGUGAUUGGGGAAUCCGGAUCUGCUCAGUCCAUAGUGGUUUCAAGAAUCCUGCGGCCAUUCAGAAUCCCAAUGAUCAGCUACUUCUCAUCGUGUGCCUGCUUUACUGACAGGACAAAAUAUCCCACAUUUUUCAGAGUAAUUCCUAAUGAUGACUAUCAGGUGAAGGCCAUUGCUCAACUUCUGAUACACUUCAACUGGACAUGGGUUGGGCUUAUUCGAGGGGAUCAUGAAUAUGGACAAUUUGCUGUGCAAGGUUUACUGAAGGAACUACAGGGCAGCAAUGUGUGUGUGGCCUAUCAAGAAAUGAUCCCUCUGCUCUACAACACACAAAGGGCAUUGGAGAUUAUGCAGGUAAUGCGUACUUCUUCGGCAAAAGUAGUGGUGGUAUUCUCAGCUGAAGGGGAAAUGACGCCUUUCUUGAGAGACUACAUGAUGCAGAACAUCACUGGAAUCCAAUGGGUGGCAAGUGAAGCCUGGGUCACAGCAUCUGUCUUUACAAGAAGGGAGUUUUACCCCUACCUUGGGGGCACCAUUGGGUUUGGCAUCAAAAAAGGUCACAUUGCUCAACUCAGUGACUACCUACAGACAGUCAACCCUCAGAGAUAUCCCAAUAACAUUCUUGUGGGUGAACUUUGGGAGGCUCUUUAUGGCUGUACACCUUUUCCAUCCUCUGCCAACCAUUUUCCAAUUUGUUCAGGGCAGGAGGUCCUGUUGGAGCAGCAUUCUGCCUACAUGAAUACAUCCAGCCCUAGAGUGGCUUACAAUGUCUAUAAGGCAGUAUAUGCAGUUGCCCAUUCACUGCACAACCUUCUUCUUUGUCAACCAGGCAAUGGGCCUUUUGAAAACAAUUCAUGUGCUCAAAGUAACAAUAUACUCCCCUGGCAGCUUCAGUACUACCUGCAAGAAGUGAAGUUCAACAUUGCCGGGGAGGAGGUUAAUUUUGACCUAAAAGGUGACUCGGUGCCAUACUAUGACAUUAUCAACUGGCAGAGAGGUACAUCUGGGAACAUUGAGUUUGUCAACAUAGGGUUGUUUGAUGGGACAAAGCCUGCUGGAGAAGAGCUGGUGAUCCAGGAGGAAGGAAUAAUGUGGGCGGGUCAUCAGAGUGAGAUGCCAGUGUCUGUGUGCAGUCCCAGCUGCCCUCCAGGUUCCAGGAAAGCUGUCCGUCGUGGGGAGCCUGUCUGCUGCUUUGACUGUGUACCAUGUGACAGUGGCAAGAUCAGUAAUCAGACAAACUCAGUAGAAUGCAUGUUUUGUCCUGAGGACUUCUGGUCAAACCAAGACAGAACAGCCUGUAUCCCCAAGAAUGUAGAGUUCCUGGCCUAUGAUGCCUUGGGUAUACCCUUGACAGUCAUCUCAGUAGUGGGUGCCUCUCUCACUAUAGGCGUUUUUGUUGUGUUUUUCUACCACAGAAACACAGCAGUUGUGCGAGUGAAUAACUCAGAACUCAGCUUUUUCAUUCUGUUUGCCCUAAUACUUUGCUUCCUAUGUUCUCUUGUUUUUAUUGGAGAACCCACAUUUUGGUCCUGUAUGCUCCGUCACACUGCCUUUAGCAUCACAUUUUCACUUUGUAUCUCCUGCAUCUUGGGAAAGACUUUGGUUGUUUUGGCAGCUUUCACUGCCACCAGGCCAGGAGACAACAUCAUGAAGUGGUUUGGGCCCAAGCAGCAACGAGCCAUUAUUUUCAGCUGUACUCUUGUCCAGGUAGUAAUCUGUGCCGCCUGGCUGAUUGAUGCUCCCCCUUAUCCAAUUCGAAACACUACUUAUGAACGCUCAAAGAUUAUCCUAGAGUGUAGUGUUGGGUCUAGCCUUGCAUUCUGGUGCGUUUUAGGAUACAUUGGUCUCCAGGCAUCUCUCUGCUUUGUGUUAGCAUUUCUGGCUCGAAAGUUACCUGGAAACUUCAAUGAGGCCAAGUACAUCACCUUUAGUAUGCUCAUCUUCUCUGCUGUGUGGCUUGCUUUCAUCCCUGCUUAUAUAAGUGCCCCUGGAAACUAUGCAGGGGCAGUUGAGUCAUUUGCCAUUUUGGCCUCCAGCUUUGGAUUAUUGUUUUGUCUGUUUGCUCCUAAAUGUUACAUUAUUUUGCUGAAGCCAGAAAAAAAUACAAAACACCAUCUCAUGGGUAAAGAAAAAAAGUAA